CCAGGACUGCAUCCAGAGAGAGACACUGUUUCAAAACAGGCUGUAGAGAUGGUGAACGAGCAAGGCAUUUAACCACACCAGCUUGGCAACUUGGCUUUGAUCGUUGGAAUCCAUUUACUGGAAAAAGAGAAUCAAUCCCUGACAGGACCAUCUGUGCUGCACGCGCACAGUAACUCUGGCUGCACAGCGGAGCCCUCGGAUAACACGGGCGCCUCUGCGACAUGGCAGACGAAGACCUCAUCUUCCGCCUGGAAGGUGUUGACGGUGGCGGGUCCUCCCGAGCUGGCCACAAUGGGGACUCUGACACAGACAGUGACGAUGAUGAGGGCUACUUCAUCUGCCCCAUCACGGAUGACCACGUGUCCAACCAGAAUGACAACUCCAAAGUCCAGAGCUGCUAUAGCAACCUAAUGAAAACGGAGUGCGGCUCCACAGGGUCACCAGCCAGCUCCUUCCACUUCAAGGAAGCCUGGAAGCAUGCGAUCGAGAAGGCCAAGCACAUGCCUGACCCCUGGGCUGAAUUCCAUCUCGAGGACAUCGCCACAGAACAUGCUACUCGGCACAGGUACAAUGCUGUCACCGGGGAAUGGCUGAAAGACGAGGUUCUCAUCAAGAUGGCGUCUCAGCCCUUCGGCCGCGGAGCAAUGAGGGAGUGCUUCAGGACGAAGAAACUCUCCAACUUCUUGCAUGCCCAGCAGUGGAAGGGGGCCUCCAACUAUGUGGCAAAACGCUACAUCGAGCCAGUGGACAGGAGUGUGUACUUUGAGGAUGUGCAGCUCCAGAUGGAGGCGAAGCUCUGGGGGGAGGAAUACAAUCGGCACAAGCCCCCCAAGCAGGUGGAUAUCAUGCAGAUGUGCAUCAUUGAGCUGAAGGACAGACAAGGCCAGCCCCUGUUCCAUCUGGAGCACUACAUUGAGGGCAAGUACAUCAAGUAUAAUUCCAAUUCAGGCUUUGUCCGUGAUGACAACAUCCGACUGACACCACAGGCCUUCAGCCAUUUCACAUUUGAGCGUUCUGGUCAUCAGCUGAUUGUAGUGGACAUCCAGGGUGUGGGUGACCUUUAUACGGACCCACAGAUCCACACUGAGAAAGGGACUGACUUUGGAGAUGGUAACCUUGGUGUCCGGGGAAUGGCUCUCUUCUUCUACUCCCAUGCCUGCAACCGUAUUUGCCAGAGCAUGGGCCUUGCGCCCUUUGACCUCUCCCCCCGAGAGCAGGAUGUGGUGAAUCAGAGCACCAAGCUAUUGCAAUCAGCCAAGACCAUCUUGAGGGGGACAGAGGAGAAAUGUGGGAGUCCCCGCAUAAGGACACUCUCUGGCAGCCGGCCCCCCUUACUCCUUCGCCUGUCAGAGAACUCCGGGGAUGAGAAUAUGAGUGAUGUGACCUUUGACUCUCUGCCUUCCUCCCCGUCUUCAGCCACACCACACAGCCAGAAGUUGGACCACCUCCAUUGGCCAGUGUUUGGUGACCUCGAUAACAUGGGCCCUAGAGACCAUGACCGCAUGGACAAUCACCGGGACUCUGAAAAUAGUGGGGACAGCGGAUAUCCAAGUGAGAAGCGAAGUGACUUGGAUGAUCCUGAGCCCCGAGAACAUGGCCACUCCAAUGGCAGCCGAAAGCCUGAAUCUGACGAGGAUAGCCUGGGCAGCUCUGGACGGGUCUGUGUGGAGACGUGGAAUCUGCUCAAUCCCUCGCGCCUGCACCUGCCGAGGCCCUCGGCCGUGGCCCUAGAAGUGCAGAGGCUAAAUGCUCUGGACCUUGGAAGGAAAAUCGGGAAGUCUGUUUUGGGGAAGGUCCAUCUGGCCAUGGUGAGAUACCACGAGGGCGGGCGCUUCUGUGAGAAGGAUGAGGAAUGGGAUCGAGAGUCAGCCAUCUUCCACCUGGAGCAUGCAGCCGACCUGGGAGAACUGGAGGCCAUCGUGGGCCUAGGCCUCAUGUACUCUCAGCUGCCCCACCACAUCCUGGCUGAUGUCUCUCUGAAGGAGACAGAAGAGAACAAGACAAAAGGCUUUGAUUACUUACUGAAGGCGGCAGAAGCUGGUUGCAGGCAGUCCAUGAUUCUAGUGGCCCGAGCUUUUGACACCGGGCUGAACCUCAGCCCAGACAGGUGUCAAGACUGGUCGGAAGCCUUGCACUGGUACAGCACGGCACUGGAGACGACGGACUGCGAUGAAGGCGGGGAGUACGACGGGAUGCAGGACGAGCCCCAGUACGCACUGCUGGCCAGGGAGGCGGAGAUGCUGCUCACCGGGGGAUUUGGACUGGACAAGAACCCCCAAAGAUCAGGAGACUUGUACACCCAGGCGGCCGAGGCAGCGAUGGAAGCCAUGAAGGGCAGGCUAGCCAACCAGUACUACGAGAAGGCGGAAGAGGCCUGGGCCCAGAUGGAGGAAUGACUGUCCCACAGAUCACUGCCAAGGAGAAGGGCUGGGGAGGGGAGGAUGGGACUCGUUUCUUUUGGGAGGGGAGACAUAGUUUUAUUAUUGUAUAAACUCACUUUUGUAUUCCAUUUUUUUGACUCUUGACAGUCUUUGCAGCUGGCAGAGACAUUGUAACUGCCCUUUUAGGUAUUUUGGGUGAGUGGGGUGGGGGGGAGGCUGAAGAUGCAGCCUAAUGAAUUCCCUUUUUUAUUCCUUUUUUCUUUUUUGGCCCUGAGAUGUAAAUGAGUAUCUUUCUGUCUGAAUGAGCAGACAGGGUCAGGGCUUCCCUUGCCAGCAGGCAGGACUCGCAUCUCAGGGUCUCCAAGCCAUGUGCUGGGAAUCUGAAUGGAGAGCGGAGACCUGUCUGUUAACUUUCCACGAUGGCUCUUUCUUUCAGUUUUGAGAGGGGUAUGUGGUAUUUUUUUUUUCCUCCAGUGGAUGUGAGAUGGUUCAAUACCCAGGCUCCUUCAUGCUGGAGGAGAUAGUUGUAUAACUCUUUUGCCGAACGUCCUUCCACUGGGCUCAUGAUUUCUUGCCAUCCAUCUAAAUUCCUUUUUUUUUUUUAGACCUGCUAUCUACUAUAGAUUUUACAAAACAGGUUUGGCCUAUACACAGGCAUAUUUACUACCUCUGAGUCCUGCACUGGGGGUGUGGAAGCAGCUGUACCUCAAAGCUUUCACAGUAAGACCAUGGCUUAGGAGCUGGGUGACUUUCCUCCAAACAGAAGUGCCCUCUGCACCCUAUAGCCACAUCCACUAUGGGACCGAAACAUCCGUGUACAGCAUCCCAUGGCCGUUUCUUAAUGUGACAUUUUGUGAACUCUGCCCUCAGCCUGCUGUUCUUAGUAUUUCCUGCUUGAAACCAGGUUUCACUUACUUGGUACCAGUCAUCAGAGAGUGGCUUCCAGUUGCAGCCCCUUGGGAUUUGUCUAAGAUGUUUGAGAAUGAGGGGACAAGAGUGUAAACACUGACUGGGUCUGGGCAUUUCCCCAGGGUCAGUCUGGGACUUUGAUGAGCUUUCUCUUUAAAAGGAGUUCAGAUUUAAUGGGUGUGUGAUUUCAGCCACAGGGAAGUGGCCUGCUUUGAUUGACCAUCAAUAUUAGAUCUACCACCUCCAUCUUUGUUUAAAAAACAGAACAGCAGAAUGGGACAUGCAGGCCAUCCUCACCUGAUGGCUAACACAGGCCUUUUAAAGAUUUCAUUGUUGACUCUGCCCAGUCAAAAACUUGUGGAAGCGUUAGAUUAUAAAGUCUAGAGUGUAUGUCCUUUGAGGAAAAAUCAGAGUCAAUUUAACCUUGGGGGCUGGGAGCUAUGGUAUACACCUGUAAUCCCAGCAUUCGGGUGGUAAAGGCAGAAGGGUUAAAGUUUGAGGCCAACCUGGGCUAUGUAAUGAGACCCUGCCCCCAAAAACAAACAACAAAAAGAGACAGUUAAGUCAGAGGCAGGUGGAUUUCUGAGUUCGAGGCCAGCCUGGUCUACAGAGUGAGUUCCAAGUUCCAAGACAGUCAGGGCUGUACAGAGAAACCCUGUCUCGAAAAAACCAAAAAAAAAGAGCGGGUUAGAUGGCUCACGGAUGAAGCCCCUACCCACCCUCACCUGACAAUCUGAGUCCUGUUCUUGGGACCCACGUGUGGAAGCAGGGAACAAACUCCUGCACGCUGUCUUCUGAUCUUCACUUCUGUGGUGUGUCACAAGGGAGAGCACACACACACAACUGUAAGAGAAACGAAGUAGCAGAAACUACCCUUGAAAACCCCUUUCAUCUACCUGCAAGUUACAAAAUCCCCGGGUUUGCAUUUGAAGCCGUAGCAUCUGAUUCUCUUCGACAGGGUGGCCCUUGUUCGUUUUGUUUUUUGUUUUUUGUUUUUUUUUUUUAAUUAGUACUAGAACAGUAGAGGGCUUAUGUUGUCCUGUGGAUGUUCUAACAUAGCAUAUAUGUUAAACAUAAGCAGUUUAUUGUGACAUAACCUCUCAGAGUAACUGUCAUAUAAGACGUGGGGUGUGUGUGUGUGUGUGUGUGUUGGUCAGCAGACAACCUCAAUUUUGUGCUGGCCACCUUUUUCCAUUGAGUCUCACACUGGCCUAGAACUUGCCAAAUAAGCUACCGGUGAACUGCAGAGUCUGUCUGUCCAUCCUUCCUCAUUCUGGAGUUACAAGCUCACGUCCUUUACCGGUUGAUUACUACUUAUCUGGAUCAUUUAAAGCCUCAGGCCUGCAGUUUCCCCACCCACAUGACUUUAAUGUGAGGAAGUGGUCUCUUUCUCCUCCAAGAGGCUGGGAUAGCCUGGUGCACAGCUAAGCAAAAGCUUCUUUAAGGACCCUUGCUGAUGAAAAGGGAGCUUUGAGAGCCUGCUGUGUAAUAUUGGCACUGGGAAGUCGAGGCAGGAUUGUGAGUUUGGAGCUAGCCUGGACUAUUUACUAGCCCUGGGAGCUGGGGAGAUGCCUCGGUGGUUAAGAUCAUUGGCUGCUCCUCCUGAAGAGCCAGGUUCAAUUCCCAGCCCCCACAUGGCAGCUCACACCAGUGGGUCUGGAAUUCCAGUUUUAAGGGAUCUGAUGCUCUCUGCACAAACAUGCAGGCAACAUAAAAUAAAAAUAAAUCAUAAAAAAAUGUUCGAACCUGUAAUCUCAGCUCAGCACUAGGGAGGCUGAGGUGGAAGGGUCACUGUAAGUUUUACGCCAGUGUGGGCUACAUAAUGACUUCCAGUUAAGCUUGAGUUACAGAGUGAGAUUCUGUCUUUAAAAUCAUAUCAACGCCGGGAGAAGGUGGCGCAUGCCUUUCAUCCCAGCACUUGGGAGGCAGAGGCAGGCGGAUUUCUGAGUUCGAGACCAGCCUGGUCUACCGAGUGAGUUCCAGGACAGCCAAGGCUACACAGAGAAACCCUGUCUUG